AUGAAGAUAUCUCCAGAAAUAAUAGAAUUUAGGGAUCUUGAAGACGGAGAAUCUGAUUCAAUCGAUGUUUCCAUUACUAAUAUUUCUCGAAAAACUCUCAAAAUACACUUCUCAUUAACAAAUGAUUGUUUUUCGAUUGAACAAAGUCCAUAUAUUAGCAUUACACCAGGCUUAACUAUACAAAAAGAAGUUACUUAUACCGCUUAUAGCCAGAAAAAAGAAGAAGGAACUUUUUCAAUAAUCUCAAAUGAUGAAAAAAUCGACAUUCCAAUAAUUGCAUAUCCUCAAAUGCCAUCAUUCGAUAUAAAUAUUAGAAAUCUUGACCUAGGAAAUCUCUCUCUUUCAUCGAAUCAAACGAGUUCAUUUAUUAUAACAAAUUUCGGCUCAAUUUCAGGAUUUUUCAAAAUUGCUACAGAAAACAAGUACGCAGAAAUCAAACCAUCAUCAGGAAAUUUAGAUCCAAAUCAAAAUCAAGUUAUUCAAGUCGGAUUUCGCCCUCCAACUACGGGACCUCAUGAAUUUGAAAUAAAAUUCGAAUUGCCUAACUCAUAUAAUACAAUUCCUCCCCUUAAAGUUAAGGCUUUCAUCGUAGGACAAUCCUUAGAAAUUUUUGAUAACGGAAUACAAACUUCUAAAAUCAAAUUUGGACAUGCAUUUUACGGUCAAAAGAUCUCGAAAUCAGUACAUGUUAAAAAUAAUGGUCCUGUUCAACGAACAUUUCAAAUCUUACCAGCACAUCACUUAACUGACGACAAAUCCGAGUCAUACUUCACUCCAGAGGAAAAAGAAUACACAUUAGAACCAAACGAAGACAAAGAAAUCACUUUUUAUUUUAAUCCGCCAAAUAAUCCGAUAAAAAACGACGAAAUAGAAAUAGAAAUAGAGCAAAUAUCAACAAUAGAGAUAAACAAUACAAAUAUAUCAUUCGAAAUCAUAUUUACAGGUUCAACUUCACAAUUUUUAUGUUCAAUUUCACCUGUUGACUUUUCAUUUGGAAAACAACUCAUUAGAAGUCAAACAACGAAAACAUUAGAUAUCAGAAACUCUUCAAAACAUCCAAUUUCAUUUUGUAUCAAAGAAAUUGCAGGAAUUCAUUUUUCUCCUUCACAAGGCAUCAUAAAACAAAAUUCUUUAAGGCAAAUAGAUGUAAUCUUCAAGCCGAACUCAUUAGGAUUAUUUGAUUCCCCUGUUUUAGUUUCAUUUUGUGAUGGAUUCAUCAAGAAAAAACUGAAUAUUUCAGGAGAAAGUGUCACUUCUUUAAAUGAUGAAACAAAAUUCAGUAGAAAGAAGAUUUGGGAGACAAAUCAAGAGGCAAUGAUGAACUUGAAAUAUCCAAACAACCCGUAUUGUAUGACACAAUCUGAUAUGGAAAUCAAAGAGAAAUUAAAUGCAACUUUUCGUGAUUAUAUUUCUACAACAAAAAAUUCUCAAAAUUUGACACUAAAAAGUGACAAAAAUAAUAAAGAAAAUGAUAUUAAUUUAGGAUUUAAUUAUGGUGAAGGCUUGAUCCCUCCUGAACCUACAAUGAAGAAUAUUAAAACGAAAACAGAAAAUAAGACAGAAAAUAUAAAAAUUCAACCAAAAAAUACUCAAAAAUCAAAAAUAAAACAAAAACCAACAACAAAACUCGAAAUACAAGAAUGCAGUAAACAAUUGACACAGAAACAAUUAUCCAGUGUUAUCUCGUCUGCUGAAUCUAUUGAUUUCGGAGUAGUUCCUAUUUAUGGACAAAUGACAAAACAAUUUACAAUUCAAAAUAAUUUGAAUCAACAUAUUUUUGUCACUUUUUCAAAAUUUUCAAAUGAAUUUUCUAAGUCAACUCCGCAAUCACAAGUUGUUUUUCCUCAACAGACAGCUAGUUUUGAUUUAACUGUUGAAGGCAUGAAUAUAUGUGAAAUAAAUCAAUUUCUUAAAUAUACAAUAAAUGGUUCUCAUGAUUAUAUAAUUUCUUGUCGAGCAAAAAUCAUUCCUCUUGAAAUUAAAUUGUCAACAAAAGAGAUUAUGUUCAAAUAUCAUGAAGAACAAGAAGAACAGACAAUAACUAAACAAAUAACAGUAACUAAUCCUACAUCAGCAAGAGCAAAUUUGAGUUGGACAGGUUUUAAUGAUAAUUUUUCAAUAAAACCAAUGAAUUGUAGUGUCCAAUCAAAUAAAGAACAAAUUUUCGAUGUAACUUAUAAACCAAAUCAUGAGAAUCAUAGUGAAGUUAGAGUAAUACUUAAUGUACAAGGCGGACAGCAGCAAUACGUGAGAUUAAUUGGAGAAACAGGAAAUACUGCAAUAGAAAUCGAAAAAAAUUCAUUGGAUUUCAAAAUUAUUCCUGUUGGAAUUUCGAGAAUUCAAUAUUUUAUGGUGAAAAGUGUUGGAGAAUUUCCAAGUUUCUUUAGUGUUUAUUCGAAUUAUGCUGAUUUCAUACAGAUUAAUCCUACAAAUGGAAUUUUGUAUCCAGGAGAAUUUUUGAAUUUGGAAGUUGAAGUUUUAUGUCAAAAAGAAUUGAAUUUUGAUAUUCCUGUAACAAUAAAAACAUGUGGAUAUCAACCUUUGACAUUUAAUGUUACAGGUGUUGCUCAAUAUCCUACUUUAGUUAUUGAUUGCCAUGAAAACAAUUUGAAUUUCGGAGAAGUUUUCGUUGGAUCAAGUGAAAGUCGAAAAAUCACUGCUACAAACAAAAGUAAUGUUCCUGCAACGGUUUUCAUUAAAUUUGAAGAAAAGACAUGUUUCAAAUUAGAAUAUUCUUCUAUUUAUGAUGUCUCAAGUUUAUCAAGAAUUUCAAGAGGAUCAAAAGUAUUUAAAAGUGAUAAUAGUUUGCAAAUUGCUAGGUCAACAAUCCAACAAAUUGAUAAUGAUUAUCAAAUUGAUGUUUUACCAAACUCUUCAGUUGAAUUCGAAAUUGUUUUCAAACCUUCACAAAGUGGUGAUUUUUCCUUCAAAAAAUUGCCAUUUUAUUCUGACAAUAUUAAAAUCAAUUUUACAAGGCCAUUGAAUUUGUUUGCUGUUGGAAGAAUCCCUCCUAUUGAAGUAUCCGAUCAAUGGUUAGAUUUUGGUAUUGUUAACAUUGCUGACCAAUUAAAUCCAAACGCAAGACCAACAGUUAGACAAUUAAUUUUAGAAAAUAAAUCUCAUAAACCUGUCAAAUUUAAAUUUGACACUUCUAAGUUGAAUAGUUCGAUUUCUGUUGAACCAAGUGAAGGACAAAUCAACUAUUCAAGUACAUCAACAGUUUUCGUUAUCUUCAAACCAACAUCUGGUAAUUUUAUUGAUUGUUUUCUUCCUUUAACAGCAAUUACUGAAACAGAAAAAUUUGAAAUUGCAAAGAUACAAUUGACAGGAAUUAUUGAACAAAAACAAAUCAAACUAUCACAAGAAAACUUGUGUUUCCCUAUUGUCCCUAUCAAUAUUCCUAUUUCUAGAACUAUUUAUGUUGAAAACAUCAUGUUUGUCAAUGCAACAAUUAACGUUAUUGUUCCUUUGAAUGAAAAAUCAUUUCCUUUGACGUUUGAAUUACCAGAAGGAAACGAAAUCAAUCAUCAAAUCACUAAAUUACCAAUAACAUUCACAUUUAACUCUCCAAAGCCUAUUUCCUUCAGUUCACAAAUAGCUGUUGUUGAUAAUUUAGGAGAUUCUUGUACAUUUACUAUUUCAGCAACUGCUGAUUCUUCUGUUAUGACUCUUGAUAGUUUUUUGAUGAAUAAUGAUUGUAACAUUUUAGUUGCUCAUAACAAACCUGUUAUUAUAUCUUUGAAAUCAAAGAAUGUAAUGAAUGAUUAUAUUAGUUAUAUUUCGGAACUUAUUGAUAUUGGUGAUUAUGAAUACAAUCACAAAAUUCUUGAUGAACAAUUAUAUGAUUUUUUGACAAAAUUUUUGAAUUCUUAUGUCAUGGAAACAAAAAUUGAAGAUAUUGCAACAGAUUUUAGUAAUUCAGAUGGCGACAAACUUGUUGAAGUGUUGAAUUCAUUAACAGGAAAUAAGAAACCACCAAAUCUUUCUUCAAUUGAAAAAAUGAAAAGUGAAAGUGAAGAAAUCAAACUUCAAAAGAUGAAAUCUUUGCUACAAUUGUUGAUAUCAAUGGGAUGCUUAGUAUCAAGAAUUAAUCCUUUGUUUUUGAUGUCAAAAACAACAUAUUUGAGUAUAAUGAAACAAAAAAUCACAAAAAUGUUGUUGGCUGAUUCUUCCGAAUUUGAUAAAGAAAAAUGGAGAGAAACUCCAAUGACAAAGUUCGUGAACUCAGAGCAUUUCCAGUCCAAAAUAAUUCCAAGAAUAACAAAAGCUAAAAAUGCUUUUAAUUAUAUCUCAAAAGUUUGUUGGUCGGAAGUUAUUUUACAAGUUUUGAAAGUUUUUUAUUUAGGAAAAAGUGACGGAGAAAACAUUACACAAAUAAAUGGAGUUGUAGAAGCAAUGAGGACAACAGGAAUCCAGAACAUUGAUAAACUAAAUAAAACAUCAACUCUUCAAUCGAAUUACAUGACAACAAUCGAAUCAAAUUUGAUGAAAUGGGUUUCAAUUCAUAUUUGUAAAAUGCUUGGUCCAGAGAAUCUUCCUGUUUUGUUUAGUGAUUUAAGAGAUCCGAAAUACUUUGCGAAUUUGAUUUUUUCUCAUAUUCCUAAUGCAAAAUUAAACUUGAUAAUUCAACCAUCAAAUGAACGUGAUUUAUUGGAAAACGCAAAAGAAGUUGCAAAAUAUAUUUCUGAUCUAGGAAUUGGUAUAAAUAUCAAAGGAGAAGACAUCAUUAAAGGAUCACCAAUUAUUUUGUGUUUGUUGUUAUUCCAACUUAAAGAGAGUUUACCACAUUAUAUUCCUAAUACAACAAUCGAAUUCAACUGUUAUUUGAACGAGAGUUGUAAAGAAAGUCUUCAAAUACAUAAUCCGGGAAACGUUGAAAUAUUAUACAAGGCAAGAAUCAAUGGUUCUAAGAACUUCACAACAACAAAUGAAAUCAUUUGUGUUAAACCAAAUUCUUCUACAGAAAUAACUGUAAAUUAUAAUGCGAAGACACAUCAUGAAGAAAAAGCAGUUUUGGAAUUAGUUCCUACAAGAAACAAAGUUUCAGAACCAAAAACAGACAAAGCAACUUCAUCGAGAAGAUAUAUGAGAUCAAAUAAAUCAUUUUCAUCAAGUAAAUCAUUGAAUAGUACUGAUGAAAAUAAACAAUUUUCAUUGGCAUCAACAAUUGUAAUGAACUUAAAAUCAAUUCCAAAAAUUAAAAUUCCUAAUGACAUUUUUAAUGUCGAAGGAAAAAUUUAUGAAUUAUCAAAACAAUCUCUUGUUAUUCCUAAUCUUUGUGAAGUAGAAGGAACUUAUAAGUUUUAUAGUUACAUGAUGAGAAUUGAAGAUGAAUUCGGAAAUAGUUUCACAAAUAGAAAAGAAGAUGAAAGAAUUAUUGAAGAAUUCUUUUCAAAUCCAACGAAAACAAGAGAAAUUGAUCCUAAUUUACCUGUUUUAGAACAACAAAUAGCAAGUCAUCCUUAUUUCAUGUUCAAAACAGAUGAAGUUAUUUUUUCAAAAGAAAAUGGAACAAUUAAUUUUGAAUUUUAUCCAGUUUGUUUAGGCAAAUACAGAUGUUAUUUGUUGUUUAGUUCAAAAGACAAUUGUGAAUUCCUUGUUGAAAUACAAGGAAAAGUUUCAUUGAAUGAUCAAAUUGAUAAUUUCAUCAAUCUCAAAACAGAAUCAGGAGUUUUAACCAAAUUUAAAGUUCCUAUUGAGUCACAAAACAACAAACUCAUUAAUGCUCUUUCUUAUGGAAUUGCUCGUAAACAAAGUAAGAACCAAAAAAUAUCUGAUAUCAAAUUAAGUGAACUUACGAAUUCCAUUUCGAAAGAAGUUCUUAGUAAUUACAUGAAUCUUUUUUUUGAUUCAACAUUCCAUAUCAUUCGUUCUUUAGAUAAUGUUGAAUGUCCAAAAGAAUACAAAUACAGUGCAUUAUCUCCAUAUAUUGAAUGCAAUUUUUCAUGUGAAAAAGCUGGUCAGUAUUCCAGUAAAUUUGUUUUCAUCAACAAAGAAUCAUAUGAUGUUCGCGUCUGCAAAGUUGAUUUUAAUGUUAUUAAUCAUACUCAUAGUAUGUUUAUUAACAUUGAUACAACAUGUGGAAGACAAGUAAAACAAGAUAUUCCUAUUGAAAAUCGUUCACAAAACACUUGGCAUUUCAAAGCAUCAUUUUCACCAAAAACUGAUUUGUUUUCUUGUGAUCAUAAAUUUGAAGUUAAACCUAACUCAACAUACAACUUUCCAUUUAAGUUUAUCUCUCAGAAGACUGGUGAAUACACAAGCCAACUUAAAAUCAUUAAUAUCACCAAAGAAAAAACAGUAAUUUUUAAUAUCAAAUGCAAUGUAAUUGAACCACUUUCAGAAGAUAAAAUCAACAUCAAAACACGUGCAAGAGAGAAAACGCAACAUUCUAUUUCUAUUCCAAGAUUCAUUGAUGAAGGAAUUUUAGCAGUUGAAAGCGAUCUUUCCAUUCUUUCUUUUAAUAAUAGUGUUGAAAUCAAAAAGAAUCAGGAAAUACAACCAUUUGUUAUUGAUAUUUAUAGUCCAAUUAUAGGAGAAUACAGAGGAACUCUUACUUUUCGUGAUAAGAAGAGUGAUCUUUAUUUUUGGUAUAUAAUUGAAGUUUUUGUUGAUAAUCCUGUUCCAACACAAGAAUACGUUGUUUCUAUUAAAGAACGAGAAAAAGUUUCCAUUUUCAUUCCUCUUACUAAUUCAUCUGAUCAUAAUGUUUCUUUCCAUGUAAAUAGAUCAGAUGAUUUCAUCUUUGGUGAAGAUGAUUUUUCUGUUGAUGCAAAAUCAACGAAAAGUUACGAACUGACUGUUUUCUCAUUUGUUUCAUUCCACAAAGUUUGUUGUGUUACAUUUACAAAUGAUGAUGUUGGAACAUUUAUUUUCAACAUUGUAAUAACAGUUGAUAAACCUGAUGAAAUUAUUUUGUCUCCUUUGGUUUCAUUCCUUGGUCGAUCAUCAAAAACAUAUGUGCAAUUAUACAACAACUCGGAUUCACAGUGUACAUUUAAAGUUAAAAAUACAAUUCCAGAGUCAUUCCAUGUUAUUUGUGAUGAUAAUAUCUCUGUUGAAUCACAUCAAUCAAAAACUGUUGAAAUCGAAUAUAUUCCAACAUGUAUUGGCCAACAAGAAGAAUGUUUAAUUUCUUUUGAAUCAGAAGAAGUUGGUGAUUAUAUUUAUAGAGUUAGAGGAAUUGGAAAACCUCCACAACCAGAAUCUCCUUAUCUUGUUGAAAGUCCUAUCAACAUAAUGAGUAGUGGAUGUAUCUAUUUCAUGAAUCCAUUCCCUGGUGAAACAACAUUUGAGUUUAAUAUCUUUAGUGAUACAGCAGGCGUUUUCAAUCUUUUGAAUCGGAAACAUCGUUUCGUUCUUCAUGAAUAUCAUGAACAAUAUCAAAUCAGUUUCAGUUUCAUUUGCAGUAAAUUUGGUCAAUACACAGGUUCUAUCAUUGUUUCUGCUGUUGAUCGAAAUAUUUCAUUCCAUUUCCCAUUGAUAGGUAUUAGCACAACAUCAAUUGUUAGUUCUAAAUACAGUAUACAUACACAAUCAAAAGUUUCAGUUACAAAAAGAUUCAGAUUUUUCUUGGCCGGUGAAAAUGAAGACAAUGAACUUUCUGAAUAUAACAUUGAAACUAUUUUUAAUCGAGAAUAUUCAUGGCUUUACAAAUACUUUGAAGUCCAUGUAUUCGAUAAAAUCAAAGAAGCUGAAGGAUAUUAUAUUGAUGUUGAUAUCAGAUUCAGUCCAAGAAAACCUCUUGAAACAGAUGUCAAACUUAUUGUUUCAAAUUCACUUGGCCAGAAAUGGGAUUUCAGUAUUUUCUGUAAGUCAAUUGAAGGAAUCAUUGAAGGCCAUAUUUAUUUAGAAAGCAAGAUUAAUAGUAGCAGUUUCAAAGAAGUCAGUAUUUCUGAGAAAUUCCAAGAAGAUACAACAUUUUCAGCAUAUUUCAAAGAAGGUUCAUCAAGAGAUUUAGAAGUUACUCGAGAUAGAGGAAUUAUUGCAGAAUCAAUUUUCUUAUCUGAAAGCUUUGUUCCAACAGAAGUUGUCUUCCAUCCAAAGAUCUACGGAAAGAAAACAAAAGGAAUCCUUGUUAUUGAUACAGACGAAACACAAAGUCUUGUUGAAGUUACUGGUAACAUUCCAGAAUACAUUCCUCCAAAAGUCACUCGAAGUUCAUAUAGUUUCAGCAAAACUAAAGAAUCAGAAACAAAUCGUUCUCUUCGUCGCAAACACAAGAAUGUUAUUCGAGAGAAUAUUGAUUCUGUAAAGAUCACCAAACCACUCUCAGCUAGGCGUCGCAAUUUCAUAGAUUGA